GUAAUCUCAGACAGUAUAAAAAUAUCUUAUUAUGGGCUUGCACGUUUUCUGGCCUGCCACGGCCUGCCUGACUCUCUUCGUAGUUUGCAUUAUAAUCGUGAUGCUGAAGUAUGGCGCACGUCUCUGCAAAUUACGACACGAGCCAUUGCCAUCUGAUCAAGAAUGGGAAGGCAAAGCGUAUUCCAGAAAACUAUCUCUCUCCAUGGCGUGAAAACAAAAUAUUACCGUCUCGAAAAUGUACUCGCACAGCUCUUUCAUUUAAAAAAUGAAACUGCCGAUUAGUACUUUUGCUAUAAACGUAAAUUGAACGUAAAUAACUUCCAAACUAUUUAUAACUGCUUUUUCUCUGUGACACACAUUUCAUAUAUAGACAGAAUAUUGCGUAUACACAAUACUGGUCAUGUAAGUUAGAUGAUUAUAUCCGUCCAUUUACUAUGUAUUUGUACUAAUAUAUUUUUUAGUAAUAUAGACUCGUACGUGCCUUUUUCGAAAAUUAAUGCAAUUCCUAAGGAAUUUUUAUGAAAUGGAAUUAUAUAUAAAUUAUAGCAAAACGUUGAAAAAGAACUUUUUAUGUCCGUCCACAUGUCUCUUUGAUAUUAUUAAAUAUACAUUGUUCGAAUAAUUUUUUAAGUAUAAUGUUGAUAAUUGAGCACUUUUGUAAUUUUUAUAUUGAAUUCAUAUUAUGAAUAAAACACAUCAUAAAAU